UAUCAUAGACUGAAUCUAAUAACUUUGGUCACAUACUCUCACCUCGCACAUACCUUCUCACAUCUCAGCAUGUUGAUCAAGACCUCCUACAGAGACGUACCAACCACUGCUAAUGGCAAAACUGGUACCAUCCGUAUCUACCUGGUGGAGCCUAGCUUGCCCGGAUACCCCAAGGCCAGAUUCCCUGGAUGCGUGGUUUUCUCCGAGAUCUACCAGGUGACGGGUCCUGUCGAGAGGUUCGCUAGCAACAUUGCGAGUGAAGGAUAUAUAGUUGCUCUUCCUUCUUCGUUCCAUGAAUUUGAAGGCCCGGAACCCAUUCCCUACGACUCUGAAGGCACCGAUCGUGGAAACUGUUACAAGGUCGAGAAGACAGUUGAGGCGUAUGACGAAGAUGCUACUCUGUCGAUUGAUCUUCUGGCGUCUCUUCCCAACUGCACAGGGAGGAUAGCUUCUACCGGGAUGUGCCUCGGCGGGCACCUGGCCUUGCGCUGCGCUUUUGAUCCCCGGGUACAAGCUACAUUCUGCUACUUUGCAACCGACGUGCACUCGGCUACUCUUGGUAAAGGCAAAUCGGACGAUACUCUCAAAAAGAUUAGAAAAGGCGAUUUGACAGGCAAGGGCGAGGUUGCCAUGGUCUUUGGCAAACAAGAUACCCACGUCGACCGCGACGGCCGUUCUCUGAUUCGAGAUACUCUGGAUGCCGCCAACGUCACUUUUACUUUUCUCGAAGUACAGGCCCAACAUGCCUUUAUCCGUGACGAAUCCUCCAAGGGCCGAUGGGACGCCGCUUUAAGCCGUUCGCUGUUUGGCAUGAUGAUGGAGCUUUUCAACAGACGGGUGGCUAGGGAUCUUGGAGAACCUAGCGGCGAUGGCGGUAAGGUUGAACAUGUUUGUUAAGGCAGCGGGAAAGUCUCUCUUUGAAGCUUCAGAGUUGAAUUCCAUAACGCGUAUUCAUAUUCAAUCUUUUCCUCCCCUAGCCCCCCAAAAAUAUAAAAACAAUCCCACGUACACAACGUACAAUCACUUUUAUGCAACCAGGCUUACCAGGCC